GGCCUUCUCAAGCUUGCAGAAGAGAUAAGCUAGGUAGCAAGACCGCUCCAAGGCCCCAGGACGCCAUGGCCACAAACCCCGGCCUCUUCAGCGAGUGGCCAUGGAAGAGGCUCGGCAGCUUCAAGUACGUGGUGCUGGCGCCAUGGGUGGCGCACGGCGUCCAGCAGGUGGCGACCAAGGGGUGGCGCGAGGCGGACCUGGGGUACCUGGUGAUCCUCCCGUCGAUGAUGCUCCGGGGGCUCCACAACCAGGCCUGGAUCACGGUGUCCCGCCUCCAGAACGCGCGCGGCAAGCGGCAGAUCGUCGACCGCGGCAUCGAGUUCGAGCAGAUCGACCGCGAGCGCAACUGGGACGACCAGAUCAUCCUGAGCGCCAUCCUCUUCUUCCUGGGCGCGCUGCACCUGCCGGGCGCGCAGAACCUGCCGCUGUGGAGGACGGACGGCGCGGUGCUGAUCGCGCUGCUGCACGCCGGCCCCGUGGAGCUCAUCUACUACUGGUUCCACCGCGCGCUGCACCACCACUUCCUCUACACGCGCUACCACUCGCACCACCACGCCUCCAUCGUCACCGAGCCCAUCACCUCCGUGAUUCAUCCGUUUGCGGAGCUCGUGGCCUACGAACUGCUCUUCUCCAUCCCGAUGAUCGCCUGCGCUCUGACAGGAACCGCGUCCAUCAUGACGUUUGAGCUCUACAUGCUCUACAUCGACUUCAUGAACAACAUGGGCCACUGCAACUUCGAGCUGGUGCCCAGCUGGCUCUUCACAUGGUUCCCUCCUCUCAAGUAUCUCAUGUACACACCAUCGUUUCACUCUCUCCACCACACUCAGUUCCGGACAAACUACUCUCUUUUCAUGCCGUUCUACGACUACAUAUACAACACAAUGGACAAGUCGUCAGACACGCUGCAUGAGAAAUCGAUCGAGAGCAAGGAGGAAGCCGUGGAUGUGGUUCACCUCACCCAUCUCACCAGCCUGCAGUCCAUCUACCACAUGAGGCCCGGGUUCGCCGAGUUCGCCUCCAAGCCGUACGCCUCAAAGUGGUACAUGCGGAUCAUGUGGCCUCUCUCGUGGCUCUCCAUGGUCCUCACCUGGACGUAUGGUUCUUGGUUCACCGCUGAGAGGAACGUCAUGAAGAAACUCAGAAUCCAGUCUUGGGCCAUACCAAGAUACAAUUUCCAUUAUGGACUGAACUGGGAGAAGGAAGCAAUUAAUAACCUGAUUGUGAAGGCAAUAUGUGAAGCUGACAAGAAGGGAGCUAAAGUUGUUAGUCUUGGCCUCCUGAAUCAGGCCCAGAGCCUCAACGGAAGUGGAGAACUUUAUCUACAAAAGUACCCAAAGUUGGGGUUGAAACUGGUGGAUGGAACCAGUCUAGCUGCUGCAGUGGUUGCCAAUAGUAUUCCCCAAGGCACGGACCAAGUUGUUCUUUCAGGAAACAUUUCCAAGGUGGCCUGCGCUGUGGCUGCAGCUCUGUGCAAGAAAAAUAUCAAGGUGAUAAUAACAAACAAGCAAGACUAUCAUUUCCUUCAGCCCAAAAUACCAGAAGAUGCAGCUGACAACCUUUUACUGUCGAAAACCGGCAUUGCCAAGGUGUGGAUAAUCGGAGAAGGUGCAGAUGCCACCGAACAGCUCAGGGCGCCGAAAGGAACACGGUUCAUCCCGUACUCACAGUUCCCACCAAGAAUGGCACGCAAGGACGGCUGCACAUACUCGACGACUCCGGCGAUGAGCGUGCCUAAAACACUGCAGAAUGUUCAUUCGUGCGAGAAUUGGCUGCCAAGGAGGGUGAUGAGCGCGUGGCGCGUCGCGGGGAUCGUUCAUGCGUUGGAGGGAUGGGACGAGCACGAGUGCGGGGACAUGGUGCUCGACAUGGACAAAGUUUGGUCUGCCGCACUUCUGCACGGGUUUCGCCCCGUUGCUGAGGCUUGAUCGUCUGGUUGCAAGUCGAGUGAAUAAGCGUUACGCAGAUAAGGUCAUAUGCUCGCUGAAGGGCCAUGCUGACGAAGAAGAAGCAGACUUAUUGGCUAGCAGAUGAGUGGCCUAUAAUUAAUUAAGUACUACUACUAGUUUGAUCUACUACUACCAAGGUUACUUGGUUAGCUAUUACUACUGCAUUAUUCAUCUCCUACGAUAAUGAGGUAAUGAGACUUGGUUCGACCUAGCUAUUUCUAGCGCCA